CAAAACGAUUAAAGAUAAUAUUAUAUUAUCUUUAUUCUUUAAUCGUGAUUCACAAUUAUUUUUUAAUAUAUAUCUGUGGUCUUGUAUAAAAAUGAUCCAUUGUUAAAAUAAUAUUCAUCAUGCUUUUUCACUGUGUUACUUUGAUUAAUUUGACUGUCAUAAAAACAUUUUAAAAAUGAAAUCUGUUAUUGCAGUUCAUGCUGGGGCUGGAUAUGUAAAACCAAGCAAUGAAAAAUAUUACAAAAAACUUUGUUUAAGAGCUUGUAGAAAAGGAUUGGAAGUAAUAAAUAAUAAUGGUUCAGCACUGGAAGCCGCCACAACAGCUACAACAGUAUUGGAAGAUUCCCCAUUAACAAAUUCAGGCUAUGGGUCAAAUUUAACUUGGAAUGGAUGUGUUGAAUGUGAUGCUGGUGUAAUGGAUGGCUCUACUAUGCAUUUUGGAGGUAUUGGAGCUGUUCCUGGCAUAAAAAAUCCAAUUACCCUAGCUAAGCUGUUAUGUGAGAAACAAAACUCACUAUUAUCUUUUGGAAGAAUCCCACCAUGUUUGUUAGUAGGACAGGGAGCUCAAGAAUUUGCUCUAGCAAACAAUAUUGUAGUUGUUAAACCAUCUGAAUUAAUCACAGAAAGAGCAAAAAAGCAGUUUGUUUCAAAUAAAUAUAAUGUAAUGAACCAUAGUUUGGAUGGCCUAAAGGAGAAAAAAGGUCAUUUGGAUACAGUUGGAUGUGUUUGUAUAGAUAAAUUAGGAAGAAUAGUUGCCACAUCAUCAAGUGGUGGGAUUGCAUUAAAGCAAUCUGGACGCGUAGGACAAGCUGCAUUAAUUGGCGCAGGUUGUUGGGCUCAAGUAAAAAAUAAUGUUUCCAUAGCAGUGACGACAUCUGGUUGUGGAGAACAUUUAAUGCAGACAAACCUAGCAAAAGAAAUAUCACGUGAAUUGUUUAAAACUGAAUGUCCUACAGUUGCAAUAAAUAAAUGUUUUGAUGAACAAUUUUUUCAAUCUCCAUUGUUAAGAAACAAUAAUGAAAAACUUGCUGGAGUACUCGUUCUCUAUGAAAGUGAAAAUUAUUAUGAAAUACUGAGUGCACAUAGUACAAAAUCCAUGUGUGUGGCCUUUGCUUCCGAAAAUAAUAAAAAAAGUUUUGUAAGCCGUAUAACACAUCCAAAUACUCCGGGGACAUGUGUAUUGGUUGAAGGGAAUCCUAUAUAAAUAUUCCUCGUUAAUCAUAAAAUAAAGUAUACUACCAUUUAUAAACAAAGUGUUUUUUUUAACUAUAGAUGAUUUUUGAAUAAUUGUAUUAAUAUUUUCUUACAGACAGUCUUUUGAUAAGAAAUUGUACCCCAAUAAUUAAUAAAAUUACUACUUAUACUAAUACAACUGUAGUCCAAUUUAUCAGUGUAGUUUCAUAUUUUAGAUCUGAAAAUUGGACUAAAGGUAAAUCUAGUUUCACAUUUUUUCAAAAAUCUAGUCGAUCUAUGGCGUAGAUUGGCAAGAAUACUCACACUUACAAAUGCUUGUAUUUUUAUAUGUAUUAUA